GGGUAAAAAUUAAAGCGCGUAGUGGUGAGUAUUGGUAGGUACAUGGCAUUUAUAUAGGAAGAGGGACCUCACUGGAACGUUCUUACCCAAUACUAAUCAUCCACAGUCGGAAGCAUUUUGUCGUUGAAAAAUCAAAUCCACUUUCAGGUGAAAGAUGGGAGCAUGUGCAUCGAAACCUAAUGGGUGUGUAGGAAUUAGGGGUCGGAGGCUUGUUCGUCGGAAGAGACACAGAGUUAGUAGAAAGAGAAAUGUAUCGAAGACUCAUUCGGCUUCUCAAAAUCUCAGUAAGAUUGAACCAUCUUCUUCAGCUGAUCAUUCUUACUCUAAUCCUGCUUUUCAAGGAAAUGCAGAGUCUUGGUUCGACCCGGAGAUGGUGGUUGAGUCUGACUGUGAGGAUGAUUUUCAUAGUGUUCAAGAUGUUUUUUCUCAAAAUGGAUCUUUUUCAACUGGGGUUUCUCCAAGGUUUUCUGAUUUUGUGUAUCACAAUGGCAAUGCUGCUUCUGACCUCUCCGAGAAACAUGAACAGCCAAAUGGAAGUGAAGAACCAAGUGUUGUUAAAGAGGGUGUUGUAAAGAGAUAUUUUUCAGCAGAUUCUCAACUUAAGUCCAAUUCUCAAACUGAGAUGGAUGACCCAAGUCUUAAUGAUAAAACACCCCGAAGCAUGGAUGGUGGUGCUAGGGUUGAAACAGGAAUUUUCCACAAUUGUGGAAGACAAAAUCCGUGUCUGCCUUGUCUUGCUUGUGUUGCCUCUUCGGAUGAAAAGAAAAAGUCUCUAAACCCGAUCUCACCACGCAGCCGGAAAAAAUCAUCCCUAACCCAGAUGUUAUCUUUUAAAUGGAGAGAAACAAAUUCAAGUUCUGCAUUAUUGUCCCCAAAGACUGUUCUGCAAAGACCAAUAGCUGGUUCUCAAAUUCCUUGUAGCCCGUUGGGACGGAAAAUGGCGAACUGCUGGUCAUCCGUUGAGCCAAAUACUUUCAAGAUCCGUGGUAAAAAUUUCUUCAGGGAUAAGAAGAAAGACUUUGCUUUAAAUUGUGCUGCAUUUUAUCCUUUUGGUGCUGAUGUAUUCUUAUCACCACGGAAAAUUGAUCAUGUUGCACGUUUUGUGGAACUUCCAGCCAUCGAUUCAUCCAGUGAAGUUCCAUCCAUUCUUGUUGUAAAUCUUCAGAUACCGUUGUACCCUCCUGCAAUCUUCCAAAAUGAAUAUGAUGGAGAAGGGAUGAAUUUUGUUCUCUACUUCAAACUUUCAGAAAAUUACUCCACGGAAAUGCCAGUCCAAUUUCAAGAAAAUCUCCAGAGGUUAAUACAUGAUGAAAUUGAGAAGAUCAAAGGCUUUCCCAGGGAUACAAAUGCACCCUUCAGGGAAAGAUUGAAAUUCUUGGGCCGAGUUGUAAACACAGAGGAUCUUCAAUUAAGUGCGGCUGAGAAGAAACUCUUGAAUGCAUACAACGAAAAGCCUGUGCUCUCACGUCCUCAACAUGAAUUCUAUUUGGGAGAAAACUAUUUUGAGAUUGAUUUGGACAUUCAUAGAUUCAAUUAUCUCGCAAGAAAAGGAGUGGAAUCAUUUAAAGACAGAUUGAAAAACUGUGUCCUUGACUUUGGUCUGACAAUUCAGGGAAACAAGGCAGAGGAUUUACCAGAAAAUAUGUUGUGUUGUAUUAGAAUGAAUGAGAUCGAUUACGCCAAGUAUCACCAACUUGGCUUCUAAACCAUGGCAUAGUAUAGGGAAUUGUCUCUUCCCUUCUAUUAAAUUAAAUUUCCAUCUGAAAUGUAUAGCCAUAGGCCAUUUUUGGGUCUCUAUCCUGUAAUGUAAUGCUAACGCAGUGAAUGAAGAAGAAUAUUUCUUCAAUAUUUGUUGUUACAGAUCCCAUGUUGUAGACAUGUUCUCAACUCUUCAUGAGGAUUUUGCUUACUAGAUCCAACUUUGUCCAUUCGAUUCAUUUCAUUGAAUGAAAAAAGGAAAUUGACAAAUAA